UAACGAGUGGCCAGUGGAUACAUUCCACCCGGAAGCCGAGGGGGUCAGAGCGGGACUGGGAGCCGAGCCGCGGUGGAACAACAUGCGGGACAAUCUGAACCAUCCUCUCCAUCAGCAGGAAGAGGAAGAGGAAGAGGAAGAGAAGGCAGUACACGGCAGCUUGGGCAUCAGCGACAGCUCGCUGGCCAGGUACCUGGACGGGCAGCACUGGCGCCUGAAGAAUCAGCUGCGGCGGCAGACCGCUCAGAGCCAGCUGUUCCGGCAGCACAGUUAUGACCUGAAUCUAGACGAGAUGCGUGACCUAACUUCUGAACGAGUCAAGUUUGUUAUAAAGUUGCCGAUGGUUCAACGACAAUUGGAUGAGCAGGUAGAAAAGAAAAAACAUUGUAUCAAUAAAAGUCUGGUUAUCGGAGAGGUACUUUCCACAGCUGACCUUGCGACUGGAGUAAAGAUGGGUGUGGUGUGCUGGUUGUUUGGUGGGGCAAUCAUCAACCUUGGCAGCCAGGUACACAUUGAGAAGUGGCUUCAGCCGUUGAAGGACUUGAAGUUGACGGGGAUGUUCGCAAUGACUGAACGUGGGCAUGGCAGUAAUGUGAGAGGCAUCCAGACUCAAGCAACCUACGAUCCAGCAUUCCAGGAGUUUAUCAUUCACACGCCGUGCGAAGAUGCGGAGAAGAUGUACAUCGGGAAUGCAAUGAAGGGGAACGAUGCUGCCGUUUUUGCACAACUGAUUGUCAACGGAGAAUUGCUAGGGCCUCACUGUUUUAUUGUGCCAAUUCGAGAUCAAGAAGGCAAUAUGUAUCCGGGGGUGACAGUUAUUGAUAUGAUGCACAAAGAAGGUCUGAAUGGAGUUGAUAAUGGAAUUCUCGUCUUUAAUAACAUUCGAAUUCCAAAAGAAAAUCUCCUGGACAGAUUUGGUUCAGUAUCAGAGGACGGAGUGUACCAGUCGGCCAUUAAAGACAGAGGUGCUCGGUUUAAUGCGAUGUUAGCAGCCCUGACGCCAUCGAGGAUUGCUCUGAUAUUUCAGGCACUGGGAGCCAUGAAGCUUGGACUGUCGAUCGCCAUUCGUUACAGCCACAGUCGGCGGCAGUUCGGACCCAAGGACAAGGAGGAGGUGAAGAUCAUCGACCACCAGACCCAGUACCUGCGCCUGAUGCCUCACCUGGCCGCCUCGCUCGCACUCACCUUCACCGGCAGGUACGCGGGAGAGAUACUGGAUGAAGAUAUGUGCCAAGGCAGGAACCUGGUCAACAAUCGCUCGCUGCAGGCGCUGGUCGCAGGCCUGAAGGCUUACAGCACCUGGGAGAACCUGGCGUGUUUGCAGGACUGUCGCGAGUGUACUGGUGGAAUGGGUUAUAUGAUGGAGAACCGAAUACCGGGCCUGAAAUGCGACUCGGACGUCUUUGUGACAUUUGAGGGGGACAACGUGGUCAUGUUGCAGGUGGUUGUGCGUGAGCUUCUGGCUCAGUACGCCAGGCAGUACGAGGAAAGUCCCAUGGUUGCCUUACUGAAGCACUGGUCUGCGGCCGCAACUGACAGCCUGAGAACCAGUGUCCUGGCCUUCAACACAGAGACCGUGGGCAGCCUGAGCUUCCUACUCAAAGCUCUGAAUUAUCGGGAGAGGGUGCUUCAGCGCAGCCUGGCGGCUCGACUCUACAGCAAGGUAAUGAAAAACAAAGAGGACCCCUUCAGCUCCUGGAACUCGUGCCUCCACCACGUGACGUGCCUGGCCCUGGCGCACAUCCAUCGAGUGACCCUGGAGCAGUUCUGGAAAGCAGUGGAGGGCUGUCCCGUCCCCGAAGACCAGGCCUUGCUGAAGAAGUUUUGCCUUUUGCACGGGACUAGCCUCGUUUACCAGGAGCGAGCCUGGUAUCUGGAACACCGAUACCUGACGCCAGCUACAAGUGUACAGAUGAGGAACCAGGUGAGUCUAACUCUGGGGGAGGGGGGGGAGGAGUGCCCUUCACUGCAGGUAAGCCAGCACCGAGCCCUGGGGCUGUUUACCUGGGAAACAGCCCUGUCCGCCCACCUUGUAGCUCACCUGCCCGAGGUGAUUGAUGAAGGAAGCCCCACGGGUGACGGCCACAUUGAUAUUGUUUAA